AUGCGCCAGUAUGGUAACGCGUUGCUCACACCUGUCAACCCUCCGUCUCAGACCGGCCCGACUCCGCGCACCACGAAGCGUGGAACUACUGCCAUAAAUUACGCAGAGGAUGGAUUUGAUGAUGAAGACUUCGAGGAGACCGACGGCCCGCGGCGCCCGACAGGACUGAGAAGCCUGCGGCGCGAAGAAUCCGCCGCCGACAAAUCAGUGCCCUAUUCAGAGAAGCUGGGCAAAGAAGUGCAUGCGCCAGUGCAGGUGCAAGGCCUGUUUCGCGAGUGGAUGAUCAAGCGAAUGCUGCGACCAGCGUGUGCCGACCAACUGCAGAUUCAAGCGCAACUCCCUCUGACCCUCGUCCCCAUCCGAAUCGAUGUCGAAGUUAUCGCUCACCAACCUCUCGAACCGUUUCCUUUCCCACGCACUGCCGUGGACGGCACCGUCACCCAGGCCCUGCCUGCAUAUCGGAGACCUGAACCAUUACCCCCCUUCCGCAUCAAGGACACCUUCUUAUGGAACCUCCACGAGUCCCUUUCAACACCCGAAGAGUUUGCCAUUGGAUUUGUUCGCGACCUUGAUCUCCCAAACCCUCAAGCUACGACUAUGACAAUCAGCAACCAAAUCCGACAGCAGUUGGAGGAAUACGCUGGUGUGGCUCUUCAUCCUCUUUUCCAAAGCACAGAUGCAGGCACAGUGCCUAGUCUUGCACCACAGACUGAACCAUCUAGAGAUACGUCAAUGACACCAGCUGCUGCCACCGCUAUGACACCCGAUAGCCGGGCCAACGUGGCAACAACGGUGACUGUCACCAAGGAGGCAUUGAUCAACGACAGCCUUCUCAACCCAGAUGAUGCCUACCGGUGCUUGAUUACACUUAACAUCAACUUGCAAAACAAGCUGUACACCGAUAAAUUCGAAUGGUCUUUACUACACCCACCUGGUAUGGCCGAAGAGUUUGCCCGCGUCACCUGUGCUGAUCUCAGUCUCGGCGGUGAAUGGGUUAGCGCAAUUGCGCAUGCUAUCUAUGAAGCAGUUUUGAAGUUCAAAAAGGAGGUCUGCGAGAGCGGUGCUCUUGUCAGCGGUAUCAAUGGCUACGGAAAUGAAAUCGACAACCUCGCAGCAAAUGGGGUGGAGGCAGGCUGGCGUUAUGAUCCCGAGACCAUCUGCGAUGCGUGGCAACCACAAGUCGAGACACUAUCAAAGGAAGAAAUCGAACGACGAGAAGGUGAUCGUGAACGCCAGAUCCGACGUCUGCGCCGAGAGACAGCCAGGUUCUCAUCAACCACUGGCAUCACACCUGAGAUUUCAAGGCAAAGCAGUGGCAACUACUUCGAGGUUGAUAGUGAGACUCCGCUUGGACGUGGAGAGAGGAAUAAGCGCAAGCGCCGAUUCCGCAGUGUCAGCCCUACGGGCCGAUCUGGCACACCUGGUGGUCGAGGAACCCCGGAUACUGGAUCAGGUGCAGGGUACGGUGGCGGCGGCGGUACUCUUUCAGACUGGGAACGUCAAAGCUGGCGAUGCAAGAACUGCGCCGUGUGGGGCACAGCAGUUUGGGCUGUGCGCGAUGGCCCAGAUGGCCCGAGGACACUAUGCCACAACUGUGGCCUGCUUUACGAGCGCGAUAAGGUUGCGCCAGAAUGGUCCAAAGACCUUCACCGCCACGAUGUCCCCGUCGGCCGCUAUGGCUAA